CCGACCAGCGAUGGCGGAGCUUUAGCCAGGCAGGAAUCACAAUCCUCUUGCAAAUCAGUUUUUAUUUAAAAAAAAACUCCAACCUAUUUUAUUCAUUAAGAAAAAGAAACAACAGCGAUGAAUUGAUGGCGAGGCCCUGCUGGAUCUUAAAAAUCCCCCUUGAUAGGAACACCAAAAUUUGACAUGUCAUGCAAAGCCCCCUUUUCCAACAGCAAUAAAAUUGUUAAAUUGGACGGGGACCAUGGCGACUGAGGUGGGUACUUCAGCCCCGAGCUCGAUAGCACAUCCUGGGGUCGAGCCCGAGGAGGAUGAGGAACACUGGCUAUACGGGGAUGAGAACUCUGAGAAGCAACCCGGAGACCCGGCGCCAGGAUUCCCGGAUUCCACUCAGGAAAGUCACGUCAGCAGCUCGGAGGACAAGGACACCGCAGACCAGGUUGCUCAGAGCGGCGAGGAUGAGGAUGAGGAAGACAGUGACAGUGACAGCGAUGAGGAUGACGUCAAGGUCACCAUUGGCAACAUCAAAACAGGAGCACCGUCAUACAUGGCAACACCGAUGAACCUCAGUCUGAAAACGGGACGGGGAUACGGAGCAGCUGCUACCGCCAAGCUGCAGCCGAAGGGAGUGGACCUGGAGGCCACCGGGAACAUCAACGGGCUGCCGGCGCUGGAGGCGGACCCUGACUCCUUCGAGGACAAGCCCUGGAGGAAGCCAGGCGCGGACCUCUCGGAUUAUUUCAACUACGGCUUCAACGAGGACACGUGGAAGGCGUACUGCGAGAAGCAGCGCAGGCUGCAGCUGGGCCUGGACCCGGCCGGCCCUGCCGCCACAGAGAACAAGAUCACGGUCCAGCAGGGGAGGAUGCCGGUGUUGGAGAAGGAUGUGGACCUGGCCGCCAUCAAACCCGAGUUCAAAGCCGACUUCCCCCCCACUCCCGUCCCCCUGCCCCCCGGCAGGGUCAAGGCUGGGCCACCCCCCAACAGGAAGCUGGGGGGCACCAUCGACGUGAUCGGAGGGCAGACGGGGGCCAUUCGAAGGGUGGAAGGCAGGCGGAGAGAGAAGCACGCUUCCGAUGAGAACCCCAUCCAGGUCCUGGGGGACCAUGGCAACAAGAGCCAGGCGUUUGCUCCCCAGGCAGGACCCCCCCCACCCCCUAUCGGGGCCCCCCCACCGCAUUUCCUCCACCCCCCUCCACCCGUCACCAGCGUGCCGCCGCCUCUCCACCCCCCGGGUAUCCCUCCACCAGCCAUUCCAGGCCUGUUCCCCCCACCGAUGGCUCCCCCCCCAGCCCUGCUCAUGCCCCCCCUGGACGGGUGCCCGACCUCCGCCUACGGCAGCCGACCCCCUCCUCCCUUCGGCUACAGCUCCGGGGUGCUGCUGGUGAUCCAGGCUGCGUUCCUACUCCAGCUUCGUCAGCUACCCUCCCAUCUCGACCUCGCUCACGCCUUGGGUCACCUCGGUGGAGAAGGGCAGCAGUGGCGCGGGCAGCGCGGGACACUGGGAGUACCAGGGCUCUCGGAGAGACCGGGAGCGGGAGCGAGAUCGGACCCCCACCACCAGCGAGUACAGCAACGAGGACGAGCGCUACCGCUACUACAGCCGCGAGCGGAGCUGCGAGUACGAGCGGGAGUACCACCACGGCCGGGAGCGCAGCCGCGAGCGGGAGGAGCGGCACCGCGAGCGCCGGCACCGCGACAAGGAGGACGGGAGCAAGCACAAGUCCUCCCGCCGGAAACAGCACGACGGCGAGGAGGGAGAGAGCCACCGCAGACACAAGCACAAGAAGAACAAGCGCAGCAAAGAGGACAAGGAGGCCGCCGAGGACGGGGCGGGGGAAGGGGAGGAGCCAGACAGCAAGGAGCAGUGACUUCCUGCCGAGGCCACGCCCCCUCCAGCACACUCCGAGCAUUCCCACAAUCCACUGCACUCCCCCCUUCUGCCAGGCGCGCGCGGCCCUGCGGCACGUCAUCCCUCCCGGCCUCGUGGGCCCUGGAAGGCGUCGGACGCCUAGUUAGCCAACCUUCCAGUCCGCGCGUCUCCGCAAGAGCCAGCGUCCACUGCCGUGAAGUGGGCUGGGCUGGGCUUCUGCUAAUGAAGACUUGAGGGCUUCUUGAGAGAACAGUACACUCUAUAGUAUUAUUUUUCAUAUAUUGUCAUGACUUCCUUAAGAAAAAAACCCAAGGCUGUAUUACAGUUUUUCAGAAUUAAUUUUUGUAUUAAAAGAGUUUGCUUCGUCUACGGUAUCAGUUUUGAUGACGAUGAUGAUGAUGAUGGUGCUCAUUCGGUCUUUCCCACCAACGGGCUGUGGGUCGAGGAAGAGAGGCUUGCGGGAAGCCACCAGUGAACUGUUUUAUCACCAGCAAAUGCAACCCUGUCCGUUUUGGGUGAAAUUGAACAGUAUUUUAAGAACUUUCAUGCAUGUAACACCGGCUGUUGAAGCUAAAUUGCAAAUACUGCGUAAUUUAAACCCAUCAUGAGUAUGGAGCUGUUUCAGUGUUAUAGAAAAGGUAGGAUAAAAUACCUAAUGGAGUCAUAUUUGUAAGCCUCGUUGACGAGGCAUGGGUCAUGAGGGGAUGUGACUGCCUGACUGCCAAAUCUGUUGGAGCUAAUUUCCUGGCAAGAUCAAAAGCAGUGGAUGUGUAACAAAGUGGUUUUGUAAUAAAAUAGAUUUUUAGCCAUAUUCCAAA